ACUUAUUGGAUUGUAGACAAGAUAAUAAAGGCAUGAGUUGUUUCGACUGGAGUCAGCGUAAUCAAACAUGGAUUACGAAAUGGAUUGAUGAAGCAGAGUCCGAUGGAAUACGCAAAAAUAGGUAAUUAUAUAUUUUAAUUCAUCUUAUCAUCAUGUACGUGCUAACGUAAUUUAUCACUAAUGCAGACGGUACCGCGGUGAGAUAUUGGCAGCGUAUAAUGAAUGGUACCGCGCUAGCACACGGACUCUGCUCACCGCUCCCCCACCAUCGAGUCCAGCACACCUCACAUGGGCCUCGGCUUACCACCGUGACACUUCGAUUGACGAGUUUAGGCAGAUCGCAGAGGAUGCCCAGAACACUUUGCAGUUGCGCAACAUGGAUAGUUCGGAGGGAAAAUCUAUGGUAAAACGUAUUUUUAAUACUGCCAUGAAAGGGCUUAGGCGUCUUGGUUGCAGCCGUCACGACGAUGUUGUCAGCCGAGCAUUCGACAUGCCGGAGGCACCGUCGAACAGACCGAGUAUGGUACGUGUUAGCCAGCCAUCGGCCACACCGACCGUACCAGUUCCCUCUACCUCGCAUACAUCUAAUCCACGACGCGACUCAUCACUACUUGAACGAUCACAGUCCGCACACAUAUCUCAACGCCAUGGCGCCACACAGGAGAACGAUCAUUUUCCGUCAUAUCCAUCUGGACAACGAUACUCAUACACAGAAGGCGAGUACUCGCAAAGAUUCAACACUCAGGAAUCUGUUGACCCUACGUGGUCCAACAUGGGAGCUGGUUUAGGCCACAAUAUGCCUCCACUGCGUGGUCGUGACCACAUGCAAUCGCAAUACCCAACUCAGGAAUCUUUAGUCCCGACAUGGCCCGAUAUGACGCAGCAACCACAAUACUACGGCAGCACUUCCCAACAACCUCGCGAUGAUGUUUCCGGGAUAGUUGAAGAAUUCUUUGGAGGUGCUAUUUUCGGUGCAAAGAGGUUGAGGUGCUGGCCGAGGCGACAGCCGCCGGGGGCAGAACGUUGCCCCAGCCCCGGCGUGGGGCAGUCUACCAGGGGUAGAUCAAUGCCUAGCCCCGUCGUGGGGCAGUCGCCAGGCACCCCAGCCGCGUCGCCAGGAGCCGAACGUUGGCGCGGCGCCCGCAGCGGCGCCCGCGGCGGCGACUCUCGACGCGCCGUACUCUCGGCGCGGUGCCCGCGGCGGCGACUCUCGACGCGCCGUACUCUCGGCGCGGCGCCCGCGGAGGCGACCCUCGACGCGCCGUACUCUCGGCGCGGCGCCCGCGACGGCAACCCGCGACACACCGUACUCUUGGAGCGGCGACCGCGACACUAG